UAAUGCCGAGAAAAGAGAAAGAGAAUUCCGCAACAUUGUGAGCUCAAUUCGACUUGGUCUGGACUAUGAUGUCUACAAGGCCAGGGCAAUGGCACUCCUCAACUCGAAAGCCCGGAUCAUUUUCUUUAUUAUGAUGGAUCUCGUGGUUGACGCACUGUUCUGUGUUCUAUAUGUGGUGGAAGCACAGUAUCUGGUCAACAAGGACUCGACAGACUAUCCGAACCCAGACUGGCUCUUUGUCCCGCGACCACGGGCUAUCUGGAUCAUUGCUGUGGCGAUGAGCAGCUGGAACUUGAUGUCAGCGCUGAUCCGGUUUAUAUUUGCAGACAACAAAACGAGGUUCAUAUUUUCGUUCCAAACUUUGCUUGAUGCAGUCACCGCCAUCCCCUUCCUUCUAUCAGGAGCAUUCCCCAGUGGACAAUGGCUUUACGUGCCCUAUUUCUUGCGAAGCUGGAGCGUUAUUUCACGUCUGCAGCGAGCCCUCAGCAUUGGUGUCGAUAUUGGAAUAUCUGACCAGCCAUUCGAUCCUGUCAAGGCAAAACUCAUCGCACUCGUAGCGUACUUUGUCGCCAUUCUCUAUAACGGCAUGGCCGCAUUUCUCUACUGCGAAACUAUGUUUGCGCCCGAGACCGAAACACCGCACACGGUUUGGGAUGCAUUUUACUUUAUCCUUAUCACCGCCUCCACAGUAGGAUAUGGAGACAUAACGCCAAAAUCAUACGAGGGCAAGCUUGUUGUCAUGAUCUUCAUUAUCGUGGCGCUAUCUGUAGUACCUGGACUGAUUGCCGGGACAAUUGAGGCGUUGAAGUCGUCUCGGUCUGGAGGUGGAUCCUACAUCCAAAGUAGAGGGGCCAAUGGUGCUGCGAAGCAGUACCUAGUCAUGAUUGGUGAUUUCCAGGAUGCUAAGCGCGUCGCAGACAUGCUGAGCGGGUUUUUCAAUAAGGAAUUUUCGGACAAAGACGUACGUGUCGUUUUCUUGUCGCGAAAUAAGCCAUCAAAGGAUGUGAAGACUUUAAUGGAUAUGCCAAUGUACAAAAACAGGACAACCAUGCUCGUAGGCAAUGGUUUGGACGAAGUCGACUUAAAGAGGUGUCAAGCACGAGACGCUGGAGCGGUCUUUAUUAUCCCAGACCGAGUCGCCUCAGAUUUGGAAUCGCAGGAUACAAUGACGACUCUUCUCGCUUGGUCUCUUCACCUCUAUGCACCAGAUACACGUGUCUUUACCUACAACCUGUUACCGGAGACGGAAGCCUUUCAGUGGGGCAUGGUCGAACAGUCCAUGUGCAUCAGCGAUGUCAGGCAGCUUUUAUUGGCGUACAACUGUCGGCAUCAGGGAACUGCAACCUUGAUUCUCAACCUCUUAUAUCCUUCCGAACCCGCCAACGUUUACAACGACGGAUGGCAGGCGCAAUACGGUGACGGAACUGGCAAUGAGAUUUAUGUUAGCUCGGUCCCUGAAGUGUUUGUUGGUUGGACAUUUGCCCAAGUUUCCUGGUUUGUGUUUCAAGAAUUCCAAUCGAUUUUGAUCGGCGUGGAUAUUUUCCUGAGGCCUGAAACAUCCUUUGCGGAAUCUGGACGUGAUGGCCCUCACUUUCAUGAUACAAGCAAUGCACAGCGAGCAAAGUCAUCGACUACCGAUUAGGCAAAUUCGACCAGCUCAUUUUUAUUGCUCAGUCGCCGGUUGAUUUGGUGGCCAUCAACAAGUUUACAGUGGAACAGUAUGACCGAAUGUCCAAAGACGAAAAAGGGCACUUGGACGAGUCCCGGGCGGAUUUUGCGGCAGCUAUGAACAUGUAUUGCCGCCUUCGGGAAUCAAGGAGUGGGGCUCGUGCAGCUGCCAAGCUGAGAGCUGAGG